AUGGAUUCUCUCGAAUUCGACUUGCACUCGCAGAUUUUGUCGAGCCUGGCAUCCACUCUCGCCAAAGACUCGACCACACAGGCCGAUGAGGUUCAGAGGCUCAUCAGGGCUGGACCCUGCUUGCCCUCACCUAGUCAACCUUCAACUCCUAAGCCUUAUGCCACCGGUAUUGUUGGUGGUGUUGCCGAGGGUGCAGCAGAACCCGUUCUUGCCGAAGGCGGACUUAUGACGAUGCGCCAUCAGCAUGCGUUGAUCGCCCAGGCGAAGUUCGCUGCCGAGUCGUCUGGCCAGUUUGACCACGAUCUCGUCCCCCGUCUCUCGGGAUACCUCCACUCACUUGUCAACUUUCAAUUCACCGAUGGAUUCGGCCUCAAAGGUCGGUCUCCCGCUGACAACCUGACCUACAACAUUACAUCGCACCUCCUGACCAUCGCUGGCAAGAGGCCCUCUGUCCGCCAACAGGUUCUUGACUCUAUUUGGGCCUAUCUUGACAAGCUGUCGUCCUUUGUCAUUUCGGACAAUGCCGCCAAGGUCUGCGAGUUUGUCUUACCCUCCCUGAACGGCCUCCUCGCUGCAUUGGAGACUUCAUCUCUUGAAUUCCAGCCCCGCGAUUUCGCCGAUCUGGUCUCGCACUCCAACCCAUUCCUCUCCAGCGAGACCUCAGAACGUAUCCGACAGGCGAUCACCGUCGUCAAACAGGACACCACCAACUCUUAUGCCCACCGCGUUCUUUUGCAGUAUGCUGGUGAGAGCAUCGUCCUCAGCUCCAACAGAGUCGUGCUCCAGGUCUUGACUGUUAAGCGCAACAUGAUCGGGUGCCUCCUCAAGGCUCACUUGGACAAGGCAGAGAACAAAGACAAACCAAUUACCCCUGCACCCUCCGCUUUUGUCGGCUUUGAUGAUGUCUGGAACACUCUCUUGACCACCCCUGUCAGUGUCAGCGCUGCAGGACCUGUCGAUCUCACAAAGGUCAUGAGGACAGAGUACAUCAUGUCACUCCAGUUCUUUGCCGAUAUGCGCGCCUUUGCCAACGAGCUCUUGGCUCAAGGAAACGUCUCAUACGAGUUUUACUACACCGAGAUCAUGGGCAUCUCGUUGCAACUGGCGUCCUUGGCUAGUGUCUACAUUCACGAGCUGGAUGAUGUUCUUCCUUCUCACAUCUCCACUUGCCUCUUCAACCAAGUCCGCAUCGAAGAGUUCUGGAUCCACGCAGCAGCCUUGGACUGCUCGGCUUUCCUCGGCAUUAACUUUGCUGAGGCGAAUCAGGAAAUGGCGGCAUUGUUGCAGCAGUUCUUGACGACACCAUCAUCUAUUUUCGAAGGACCUGACGCUGGAAUCAUUCAAGCAUGCGCUGUUGAGCGUUUGGCGCAGACAUUGAAGCACUUCUCCACUGGCGAGGAUGUUGCCAUGUCGACGGUCUAUGCUCUCUUGAACACCCUCUACAGUCACAACACCACAAGCGGAGGUGAGGAUGCAGACGUCUCUGGUCAGGCCAACUUGAUCCAAGAGAACGUGAUUGCUGCCAUCUCCAAGAUUGCCUGCGUUUUUAAGAGCGAGAAGAUCACGCCUUUGGUCCUCUCGAUGUUGGCUCAGCAGAUUCGCCAUCAUAGCCCCAAGCUGGAUUGCGUUAUUGUGUCGCGUUUGACGGACAUGGCCAUGACAGGAUCCGAGAACUCGUUCAACGACAUUACUCAGAUUCUCUCCAACCUCUCCAAGCUCUCCAUUUCGCCUGAGAACAAGCCCGAGACCAAGGACCUUUGCGAGACUGUCAAUGCUUGCCAGCUGCGCCUUGCAAAGACGAUCAACGCUCGUCCUGAGUUCUACCCCGCUUACUUGACUUGCCUCCUCAAGCUGUUUGUCGAGAAGGGUGUUCAGAUUCAGGCAACCAUCCAGACCAAUAAGAAGAGCCAAAACAGAAUCAACUCACUGUCUGCCGGUUUGGGUCUUCUCCUCCCUAUCUUGGGCCAGUUGCUGUCGCACGAGGAUUUCCAGCCCCAUCUUCGCCCCAGCAAGGAGGACGCCAAGCUGUUCCGCGAUGUCUGGUUCCACUGUGUCCUCUUCGAGUUUGUCAAGGAUUCUCCUUGGUACAAAGAGUGGAGUGAUUCGAUGCUGUUGAUUGCUCGCAAGACUCCCGCAUUUGUCUCAGGGGACUUGGGCACCAACGCCUACCUGGAGGGCGAUCUCGAGUACAACUCUGUCCUUCCCCGCAGCAUUCUCGAGGAUCAAAAAUCGUCGAUGAGGACCACUCUAGCCAGUUUCCUUCCUGCCCAGACCAGCGAAAUCAAGACUCUCAGCUCUGCCAAGGUCGUUUUCCUCUUGUCCGUCUAUCAUGUCGAGACCAUGCGAAGUCGCCAAGGAAACUGCUCCUUCAUCCUUAAGUACUUUAUGAACUCUGGCGUGAACGACGGCGGCCUUUCCACUUGCUUGGAGGCCAUUGCUGACCAGGUGAUCAACGUCUUCACCUCAGAGUCCCAGACCAAGGUUCUCUCCCACUCCUUGGACGACAAUGUCCGUCAACAGGUUCGCAACCUUCUCAUCGGAUGCGCCCAUCGCCUGAAGCGUGUCAGCUCCUUGAGCACCAAGUGGGUCCACCGCAUGAUUGUCGCUUUCCCCCAGCUCAUGUGUGACAAGGCCCUCUUGACUCUGGUCCUUGAGAUCAGCGAGCUUCUUUGGCUCAGUUGCGAGAACGAGAUGACCGACGAGUACUGCCCCAUCUACAGCUUCACCUCGUCCAAGGUCAACGUGACUAUCGACUUGCCCGACUCGUACCCUUACCGUCGCGAGUUGCUGAGCAAAUUUGUCGAUCUGACUCGCAAGUGGAUCGGCGCUGCCAUGGCCAACUCUCCUCAAGAGGUAGAUGCUCUCUUGCAGGAUUACCUUGCCGAAUCUGAGAAGAUCCACACUGGUAUCAGCCGUGUCCACAUGGGUCGUACCCUCGCCGCCCGUGCUGGCAAGGACCUUGUCAAGAACCACAACAGCUUCGACACUCUCGCCAACAUUCCUGGAGCGAUCAUUGACAACUCGUCCGUAUUCUUCCAGGAGUUCUCAGCUCGUCGUCGUUACCAAGGAGAGAUUGGAGGCAUGGAGAGCUUCUCGACUGUCUUCACCAACCAGUCAGGGACUGUUCUCCAGAGCCAGCUGCCCGCCCUCCGGGAGAGCCUUCAGAAGAUGGCUCAGCAGGUCAAGGACGACCAGUUCAUUUCGAACAAGGAUCUCGCCAACGCUCUUCAUCGUGCUGUCAGUGCCUUGGUGACCUUGGACAAAAUCGAGGAGGACUUGGUCAAGAUGAUUGCUUGGAUCCCCAUCUACUUAUUCACUCCUGACAGUAUGAAGAUCGGUACCUCUGUCUGGAACUGGCUUAUCACCGAGAAGCCUGCUGUCGAGAAGCGUUUGAUGUCCGAGGUCGCUUCUGGGUGGGCUUGGGCCUCGCGUCACCAAAAAGGAUUGUUCUCGCCCUUGUUGGACUCUGAGGAUCCCUUCCGCGCACGCAUGGAGUAUGCCCCCUCUGACAAGAAGGCUCGCCAGAAGAGCUACAAGAUUGCGUCGUACCUCUUCGCACCUCACGUCAUCUGGAUCGAGUUCUUGUCCAGCCGAUUCCAGGCCACCCGCUACGGCAACCGUGAUAUGGUUGACAUUUUCACACGCUUGCUUCAGUUGACCUUUGACACUGGUUACAAGAUGAGUACCCAUCCCUUGGCCAGAGAGGGUCGCUUCCAGUUGAUUCUUUUGGGUCUUCGCCUCAUCCAGACCAACCGCAUGGAAGCCUUGAUCGAGUACAAAAUCCGCUCUGCUCUCUACAUGGCUGCCCUCUCGUGGUUCGAGUUGUCGCCUCGUUGGUCGUUUGGCGGUAACAGGAUGCUCAGCAAGACCGAGACCAGGGUCAUGCGGGAGUUUGGCACUGCCUUGGACCAGGACAAGAUCUUUUUGGACUCUAUCCUGUCGAGCAUCCAGUCUGGUGAUGGCCAUGGCGUUGACGCCAACUAUGUCUUUACCGAGGACUUGACGCGUGAUGCCAUUGUUCGCAAGCAUACUCAGUGCCGCCGUCUCUUGUCGCUCUUGAACGAAAACGAACUGAACCGCCUCAGCGUCUGGAGCACUCCUUUGAUCAUUAACGGUCCGACUCCCGAGGUCAACGUUCAUGAGAAGAGCUUUUCGGAGGAGGGCUGGCGUAACAUGGUUCGCUUCGCUUGGGGGGUCUCGCCCACCUUGGCCCUGCAGUUGAUGUCUCGCUUCAAGAACAAUGUCAUCCCCAGCGAGCUCAGCCUUCUCUUGGCCAGCGAUCCCUUUGCCGCCGUUCACGAUGCCGACGCUGUCCAGAUCUUGCUCGGCGAGGGCAAUGCUCGUUACUCUCCCUCGCAGCUUAAGUACCUCUUGUUCUGGAGCCCUGUGCCCUCGAUCACCGCCAUCUCGUACUUCCAGCCUGCGUACCUUAACAACCCCAUGAUCCUCCAGUAUGCCAUGCGCUCCUUGGAGCACUCGCCUGUUGAGGUCGUGUUCUUCUACGUCCCACAGAUUGUGCAGGCUCUUCGCCACGAUGACUUGGGUUACGUCGAGAAGUACAUUAUGCGCGCUGCCCGCGUCUCACAGCUGUUUGCCCAUCAGAUCAUCUGGAACAUGAACGCCAACAUGUACAAGGACAACAACAGUGAGGUUCCCGAUCCUCUCAAGCCUGCCCUGGAUCGCAUCAUCGACAACAUUGUUAACGGACUGUCGGGCGACGCCAAGAACUUUUACGAGCGCGAGUUCAAGUUCUUCAACCAAGUCACGUCGAUCUCUGGUUCGCUUAUGCCCUUUGUCAAGAAGACCAAACCUGAGAAGAAGAAAAAGAUUGAUGAGGAGAUGGCCAAGAUUGUAGUCGAUGUCGGAGUCUACCUGCCCAGUAACCCUGAGGGAGUUGUCAUUGACAUUGACAAGCGUUCCGGACGUCCUCUCCAGUCUCACGCCAAGACCCCCUUCAUGGCGACGUUCAAGGUCCGCAAGACCCGCGAGGAAUCCAACUUGGGCAAGGCCAUCAUCAAGCGUGGUGCUGGCGACGAUGAGGACGAGGAGGAAGCUGCCCCCAAGACGGUCGAUGUUUGGCAGUCUGCCAUUUUCAAGGUCGGAGACGACUGUCGUCAGGAUGUAUUGGCCAUCCAGCUGAUUGCGGUGUUCAAGAACAUCUUUACCAACGUCGGUCUGGAUCUGUACCUGUUCCCCUACCGUAUUGUCGCCACCGCGCCCGGAUGCGGUAUGAUCGAUGUUAUCCCCAACUCGAUCUCGCGUGACCAGCUUGGUCGUGAGAAGGUCAACAACUUGCAAGACUAUUUUGUCACCAAGUACGGUGGCGUCGACUCGAUCGAGUACCAGAAGGCGCGCAACAACUUUAUCCAGUCCGUUGCAUCCUACAGUGUGAUCUCGUACAUUCUCCAGUUCAAGGAUCGCCACAACGGAAAUAUUAUGAUCGACGACGAGGGUCAUGUGGUUCAUAUCGAUUUUGGAUUCAUUCUGGACAUCUCGCCCGGAGGAAACAUCAACUUUGAGUCGUCGCCCUUCAAGCUGACGGCCGAGAUGAUCCAGAUCAUGGGUACCAGUGUCGAGGACCAGGGUUACCGCUGGUUCUGUGAGCUCUGUAUUAAGGCUUACUUGGCCUCCCGCCCUUACGCUGAGCAGAUCUGUCAGAUGGUUGCUUUGAUGUUGGAGUCUGGUUUGCCUUGUUUCCGCGGAGAGACCAUCAAGCGUCUUCGCUCUCGCUUCCAGGUUGAUCGCUCGGAGCGUGCCGCUGCCGAGUUUAUGAAGGAGAGGGUUGAUGAGUCCUACCUCAACCGUCGUACCGUUCUCUACGACUCCUUCCAGAAGGUCACCAACGGCAUUCCUCAUUAA